UUUCAUUUUCAACAACAAAACACUAAUUUUUAUCAUCUUCUCAACACUCAUGUUUUGUCUCAAUCUCAUAAAGCUCAACAGUCUAUAUCUAUCUAUAUAUAGAUAGAUAGAUGGAGAGAUAUCUCUUAUGCCUUCCAAAACACUCCCAAUCUAUAAGAAGCAGAGAAGUUUUGUGAAACAGAGAAGUUUGAGGAGCAACAGAGGAGGAAGAAGGAAACCCAAAGUGGGUUUUGCAGUUUUGGUUGGUGGUUAUAAAUGGAUAAUGGUGAAAUAUAUAAAGUAGCAAGUUUAAGAAGGAAUUCAUCAGUUUGGAGAAACAAUUCUGCUGAAGUAAUAUUCUCAAGAUCAACUAGAGAUGAAGAUGAUGAAGAAGCAUUAAAAUGGGCUGCUUUAGAGAAACUACCAACUUAUAAUCGUAUAAGAAAAGGGAUUCUAACUGGACAAGAUGGUGCGGAAACUAAAGAAAUUGAUAUUCAGAAUCUUGGGUUUCAAGAGAAAAAAAAAUUGAUAGAGAGAUUAUUAAGAGUUGCUGAAGAAGAUAAUGAGAAGUUCUUGUUAAAACUCAAGAAUCGAAUUGAUAGAGUAGGACUUGAUCUUCCAACAAUUGAAGUAAGAUAUGAAAAUCUAAGUAUAGGUGCUGAAUCUUAUGGACAAGGAAGAUCUUUACCAACACUACUCAACUGUACUGUCAAUGCUGUUGAGGGAUGUUUGAGUUUCCUCCGUUUUCUUCCAAAUAGAAAGAAACCAUUUUCAAUUCUUAAUGAUGUUAGUGGAAUCAUCAAACCUAACAGGAUGACACUGCUUUUAGGGCCACCAAGUUCUGGAAAGACUACUAUGCUCUUGGCUUUGGCUGGAAAGCUUGAUAAAGAUCUUAAGGUGUCAGGUAGAGUAAGUUAUAAUGGGCAUGGAAUGCAUGAAUUUGUUCCACAAAGAACAUCUGCAUAUAUCAGUCAAUAUGAUCUUCAUAUUGGUGAAAUGACUGUCAGAGAAACCUUGGCUUUCUCGGCUAGAUGUCAAGGUGCGGGAACUGGUUAUGAUAUGUUGGCAGAGCUUGCAAGAAGGGAAAAGGCUGAAAACAUCAAGCCUGAUCCAGAUAUUGAUGUCUACAUGAAGGCAGCAGCAAUACAUGGUCAAGAAGCUAGUGUAGUCACAGACUACGUUUUAAAGAUUCUGGGGUUGGAUAUUUGCGCUGAUACUCUGGUGGGUGAUGAAAUGUUGAGAGGUAUCUCUGGUGGACAAAAGAAACGUGUAACAACAGGGGAAAUGUUGGUCGGGCCGGCAAGGGUGUUGUUCAUGGAUGAGAUAUCUACAGGUCUAGACAGUUCGACUACGUUUCAAAUAGUGAAUUCACUUAGACAGACAGUCCAUAUUAUGAAUAGUACCGCUGUAAUAUCUCUUCUGCAACCGGCACCAGAAACUUACAAUCUCUUCGACGACAUUAUUCUCCUCUCUGAUGGAAAAAUCGUUUAUCAAGGUCCGCGUGAACAUGUGCUUGAAUUUUUUGAGUCUGUGGGAUUCAGAUGUCCGGAAAGGAAAGGAGUUGCAGAUUUCUUGCAAGAAGUAACAUCAAAGAAAGACCAGCAACAAUAUUGGGCUCGUAAACACGAGCGGUACUCUUUCAUCACAGUUAAUGAUUUCACACAAGCUUUUCAGUCAUUCCAUGUUGGUCGAAAAUUAAGAGAAGAACUUAUGACUCCUUUCAACAAAACGAAAAGCCACCCAGCUGCUUUAACCAUUACGCAAUACGGAGUUAGCAAAACUGAACUUCUAAAAGCUUGUGCAUCAAGAGAAUACUUGUUAAUGAAAAGGAAUUCCUUCGUUUAUAUUUUCAAGUUGUUCCAGCUUAUAUUUAUUGCGUUUGUUACAAUGACACUCUUUCUGCGUACUAAAUUGAAACGAGAUGAUGUCGUCGACGGUGGGAUAUAUGUGGGAGCUUUGUUUUUUGCUCUUGUGAUGAUUACGUUUAACGGAUUUUCAGAGCUUGCCAUGACUGUGGUGAAGCUUCCCGUGUUUUACAAGCAAAGAGAUCUGCUUUUUUAUCCUGCAUGGGCAUAUUCUCUUCCUACAUGGAUCCUCAAAAUUCCUAUCACAUUCGUAGAAGUUGGUGUCUGGGUAUUCAUGACUUACUACGUCAUUGGAUUUGAUCCAAAUAUCGAAAGGUUGCUUAGACAGUUCUUUCUACUCCUAUUUGUAAACCAGAUGGCUGCAGGACUUUUCCGGUCAGCAGCAGCAGUAGGAAGAAAUAUGAUAGUUGCAAACACUAUUGGCUCUUUCGUGUUACUUAUUGUAUUGGCCCUUGGGGGAUUCAUUUUAUCUCGAGAUAAUGUGAAAAGCUGGUGGAUCUGGGGAUACUGGAUGUCUCCCUUAAUGUAUGGGACAAAUGCAGUACUGGUAAACGAGUUUUAUGGGGAUCAAUGGAAAAAAGUUCUUCCGGGUACCAAUGAGACGCUAGGAGAGGCGGUUAUCAAAUCUCGUGGAUUCUACGCAGAUCCAUCUUGGUAUUGGAUUGGAGUUGGGGCGUUGCUUGGAUAUGUCAUCCUAUUCAACUUGGUUUUCACUUUGGCUCUUACUUAUCUUAAUCCAUCUAAAAACUCCCGAACAAUCAUAGAUGAUGAUUCAUCAUCUAAUAAAACUGGAGAAGAGAUGGAGUUAACCUCCAGUAGAAAGAGCUCCAGUACUAGUCGUAAUUCUGGAGAAAGGAUGAUCCCAACUAAUGAGGUCGACGGAAACAAAAAACGUGGAAUGGUUCUUCCAUUUCAACCUCUUUCUAUCACUUUUGAUGAAAUUAAGUAUUCUGUCGACAUGCCACUGGAGAUGAAAACUGAAGGAGUCACUGAAGAUCGACUGGAGCUUCUAAAAGGUAUUAGUGGAGCUUUUAGGCCGGGAGUCCUUACAGCUUUAAUGGGUGUUAGUGGUGCGGGUAAGACUACUCUUAUGGAUGUUUUGGCGGGAAGAAAAACUGGUGGACAUAUCGAUGGAAACAUCAUGAUAUCUGGUUACCCAAAAAAGCAAGAGACAUUUGCUCGCAUAUCAGGAUACUGCGAGCAGAACGACAUACAUUCUCCACACGUCACAAUCUAUGAGUCCGUUCUCUAUUCUGCUUGGCUUCGGUUACCUGAGGAAGUAAAACCUGAAACAAGAAAGAUGUUCAUUGAGGAGGUUAUGGAGCUUGUCGAGCUGUCCUCACUACGGGGAGCCCUAGUUGGGCUGCCUGGUGUGAACGGUUUAUCAACUGAGCAGAGAAAACGAUUAACCAUCGCUGUCGAGUUAGUUGCGAACCCGUCCAUUAUAUUUAUGGAUGAGCCAACAUCUGGUCUAGAUGCAAGGGCAGCAGCUAUUGUGAUGAGAGCAGUGAGGAAUACUGUGGACACAGGAAGAACUGUUGUAUGUACCAUCCAUCAGCCUAGCAUUGACAUAUUUGAGUCAUUCGACGAGCUAUUCCUAAUGAAGAGAGGAGGACAGGAAAUUUAUGUUGGACCACUGGGGCGCCAUUCUUGCCAUUUAAUCAGCUAUUUUGAGGGAAUUGAAAGAGUAAGUAAAAUCAAAGAUUGUUAUAAUCCGGCAACGUGGAUGUUGGAGGUGACUUCUGCUGGACAAGAAGCUGGUCUAGGGGUUGACUUCACUGAUAUAUACAAAAGCUCAGAGCUAUACAAGAGAAACAAAGAUCUCAUCAAAGAACUAAGUGUCGCACCUCCUGGUACCAAGGACUUGUACUUCCCGACCAUGUACUCGAGAUCAUUCUUUACUCAAUGCAUGGCUUGCCUAUGGAAACAAUAUUGGUCAUACUGGCGAAAUCCUCCAUACACGGCAUUGAGAUUUUACUUUACAAUAUUUAUAGCACUGAUGUUUGGUACAAUUUUCUGGGAUCUUGGUACUAAGACGUCACAAAGACAAGACCUGUUUAAUGCUAUGGGUUCUAUGUAUCUUGCUGUUCUCUUUCUCGGAAUUCAAAAUGCCUCUUCAGUGCAACCAGUUGUUGCUGUGGAGCGAACAGUCUUUUACAGAGAAAGAGCUGCUGGAAUGUAUUCUGCCUUGCCGUAUGCCUUCGGACAGGUAAUAAUUGAGAUUCCCUAUAUCUUCAUUCAGUCGAUAGUCUACGGAGUUAUAGUAUAUGCCAUGAUCGGAUUUGAAUGGACAGUCGCAAAGUUCUUCUGGUAUCUCUUCUAUAUGUUCUUCACGCUCUGUUACUAUACGUUCUAUGGAAUGCUGACCGUGGCAGUAACACCAAACGAAACCAUUGCUGCCAUUAUUAGUGCUACUUUUUACGGUUUAUGGAAUCUCUUUGCAGGAUUUGUAGUCCCACGAACGAAGAUUCCAAUUUGGUGGAGGUGGUACUACUGGGCAUGCCCUGUUGCAUGGACCUUAUAUGGAUUGGCCGUCUCACAGUUUGGGGACAUACAAACUUCCAUGGUUGAUACAGGCAUGACAGUAGAAUUUUUCAUGAAGGAUUAUUUUGGGUUCGACCGUGACUUCCAUCCAGUGGUAGCAGUUGUUAUUGUUGGCAUUACCAUAAUUUUUGCUUUCAUUUUUUCCGCUGCCAUUAAAACUCUUAACUUCCAGAGUAGAUAAUUGAUGAGUCCUCAAUUUGGCCUAAGGGUUUAAGGAUGUAAUACACGAGGCUUCCAAGCAUUAAAAUUUUAUGUAUAUAUUCAAUAAACA